AUGUUACAUAUUCUCUUCCAACGAAGCCAUCAGACGGCCGAGUCUAUUGAGCGAUCGAGUCCUUCAACCCAGCAUGCUGAAGUUGAUACCCAGAAUCAACUCCAUAGUAAGAAUGCUAUGGAUAUGAAUCAUCUCAUACCACGAAACGAUGCGGAUUCGGUGGACGGCAUGGCUACCCUCAUGGGAUCGAGGACAGUGAUGAGCAAAUUUUUCGGACCAUCUUCAAACAUAGAAUUCCUUCGACAAGUUUCGGAUGCGUCGGUAGCAAUUUUGAAAGCCAAUGUACAGGUGAGAGAAUCAACGACCGACGCGAUCGAAGCAACGAUAGUGGAAGGAUCACAUGCGGUUAAUGUCCCAUCGGGUCGGCGGCUCAAGUCUCUACAAACUGCCGAUCUGUACGAUUUGCCAAAGGAGACAAUCGCGUUACGCCUCAUCAAACUGUUCUUCUCUGAUACCGGGAUGAUCUUUCCAAUCACAGAUGAAGAAACCAUCCUUCAAGCCUACUAUUCAGUAAUAAAUGUGGAUGACAGACUUACAAAUCGGUCCUGCGUCUGUCUUCUCAACUCAAUCUUUGCUAUUGCAACAUACAUCAGCGUGAAACCUGAUCGAUCCCCGAUCAAGAAUGCAGAAGACUCCGAGGCGUACUGCGAGAAGGCACGAGCCAUAUGGGCCUGCACUGAAUCAAAUACGGCCCAGCUGGAAACUGUGCAGUAUCUCCUCCUGAUGGCGCACUAUUACCAGGGUACGAAUAGACCGGAUGAAGCAUGGAACCUCCACGGACAAGCAGUGCAAACAGCGUACCAGCUUGGGCUACACUCGCGAUCCUUGUGCUAUGAGUUCAGCGCGUCGGAAGCCGAAAGAAGGAGAAGAACCUGGCUCGGUUGUGUCGUACUGGAUAGGUUGUUUAGCAUGACGCUGGGACGACCGUUAAUAAUCCCAUCUAGCUAUAUCAAUAUGGACCCCCCUGAUACUAAUACGGUACAAGGUCUAAGCGCCUUGAGAAAGUCAAGGAAUGGAUCGUGUUCUUGCCAUACCGUCUGCUUAUUCACUGCAACAAUACGAUUAUACGAAAUUCUUCAAACCAUCAUCGCUGAUUUAUAUGGCUCAAACCUCGAUCAAAACUUCUCGCUUGACUUAUCUGCGGCAUUUACUUAUAUCAUGCCAAUAGAACAAAGAUUGAACGAGUGGCGAGAAAAGCUGUACAGACAGCUGCAACGGAGACCAUGGGGCGAUAAUAAUUUUACGGAAAAUGAUUCUGAGGCUAUCUUUGAUAAGCUUAGUACUAUCAUGACGCUGAGGUAUCUCAACAUCCGCAUCCUUCUUCAUCGCCCUGUUUUGAGCACUGUUCUGCUUCAUUGCCAUACUUCGUAUUCCGAUAGACGCCCUGAAAAGGAUCCGCCGUUCUCCAGGCAUGUUGCAGAACUCAGCAUUGAGAGCUGUCAGCAAUCAGCUAUCGAUAUUAUCGACAUCGUCUAUAAGACGCGCGGUUCAUAUCUGGCGCUGAAAACGUGGUGGUUUACCAUAUACUACACAUUCAACGCUGCCGUAGUCAUAUUCAGCUGCAUACUCCUGGAAAUCGCUAGCCCGUCCACCAGUUCCAGCUCUGAACAAGCCAGCACGACCACCGAUACCUCCCGCUCUAAUAAGAUUGUGAAUUUAUUUGAGUAUCUCCAGCGCGCUGCUGAGUCUUUGCAGCGGGUCGGAGAGAACACCAAACAAGGAAGCAGGGUUAAUAAAAUGCUGCAAAAACAUCUAGAAAUUAGCAGCAAACUUAUCCGAGAAAAUGCAGACCGCUACUCUGUUCCUCUUUCAGUCCUCUCACUCGGCCAGGAGUCCCAAGACAGUAACAGUCAGCCCAAUGUAUAUAGUUGGGAUUCUCAACUUGAUAACAAUGAACUUCUGGCUGUAACCAGCUGUCCCCCUAAUCCUUUGGAAAUGUUUGAGCUCGGGACAUCUCAAGAAUGGAUCAAUUCUGAUCUCUAUACUGACCUAUUUCAGGCAGGAGAAGGUUCGGCGACUUAA